UUUCAUAGUGAUCAUCCUCGACAGCAUGCGUUCGAUUUACAAAAACAGUAGGAGGAAUAAUAGCAGAAAAGAAUCAUCGUCGUCGUCGUCGUCACUAUCAAGGUCUUCCAUAGUUUUAUGGUUGGAAUAUGGCAAAAAAUGGAUGAAGAUGAUCAAGCAGCAGAGGACGCGGUUCUACAUUCUCCGCCGCUGCAUUUCCACACUUCUCUGUUGGCGUCACCACGCCAUUCGUGACUAA